AAUGUCACUCUCUUCAGUACAAUACCCCAGCACAAUACAAUGCUUGUGCCCCUCGGAGCUCACCUCGCGGAUCCGGCCCCCUCCCUCUCUGUCUCUGUCUCCGCCAUCGGAAUGCGGCAUAUCCUUCGCCUGUGGUUUCCUUGUCCCCCUUUGCGCCAUUGCCUUCCGCGGCCCUCCAGCGACCCCGCAGCUCCACAGUUCUCGAGGUCUGGAAUUCGGUGUUCGAAGUCGCGUUCUUCCAAGUUCGGGAAUGGCACGGUGAGUCCCGUGGUUUCGAGAUCCUUGGGCAAUUUUGGAGGUGCGGUGGAGCUUUCUGAAGGGGUUUGAUUGCCGCGAGGUGUAGAGGAGAGGGAGGGAUACGAGCGGCAUGGAGCAUGAAGCGGAUGAGUUGCAAAGUGCGCCACAUGAUGGGCGACUGGUGUUGGAGGAUCGACUGAGAGGGAAGUCUUUGACGGUGCUGAGCAAGAGCCUUGUGAAGCCUGCGUCGGAGACGCCGAGCGAGAAGCGGUGGCUGGCGUUUUCGAAUUUGGACUUGGAGUGGAUGCCGUUUUACACUCCCGUGCUGUGCGCUUACAGGGAGAAGCCGGCGGGGAAGGAUGUGGGAGAUCAUCUGCGGGAGUCGUUGAGGAAGGCGCUGGAGUUGUUUUAUCCGCUGGCUGGAAGAGUAGUGACGGGCGGCGAGCAAGGGCCGGGGAUUGACUGUAACGAUGCGGGCGCCGUGUUCGUGGAGGCGAGCAUCGAUGCGGAUGUGGACGAGGUGCAAUUCAACGAGGAUUUUCAGCCGUCGUUUAUUCUGACGGGCAUGGAGGCGGCAGGAAUGGGUGGUUAUCCGAAGCUCCCCGACAAAUCUUCAGGGCGGCCUGGUCUCAUCGUGCAGGUUUCUUCUCUCAUCGUAUUUGGGCAUGCAACAAGUAUGAAUGUGAUAGUUUGUUUGAGCCACAAUCUGCACUUGACGCACUUUAGGUUCAUUGACGUUACGUGUCAUCUCAGGAUGUUAUACUAUGAUGUCACAGCUUGGCAUCACCACUUUGAAUCGUCUUGGAGUCAUUUCGCUGAACAGAUAACCAGCUUGUACUCUGACGUUUUUACGUCAUCUGUGUUGAGUGGCAGCUUCAAUUUGGGUUUUAAGAAAAAGCACACAAUGUUCUUGUGCGGGGGGCUCCUUGGGUUUUAUCCCAACCCACCACCAGGUACCAGCUGGGUACCUAUCCUGCUGUGGGUGUCCUGGAACGCCUCGUACACCAUCGCUUGCUUAAGCCUGACACCUAUAGGACUCUCCAGCUCAGUUGCGCUGCUGGCCGUCAAACCUACUUUACCUUGUGUAGUUUUGGCCUUUGUGUUUGUCUUGUCUUCGGAUCGUUGUUGUAGCAGUGGGCAUUCUCAAAUUUUGGGUGUCAUGGGUUCGAACACGGAUGAGAGCUCUAGUGUGAUCGAUAGUGGGGUCGUUCUCGAAGAUAGACUGCAAGGGAAAUCGCUAGAGCACGUGCAAACGAGCUUCGUCGCGCCCUCCUCAGCAACGCCUAGUGAGAACGAGUGGCUUUUGCUGGGGAAGCUGGACUACUUGUGGGUUCAGUAUUACACCCCUAUUAUUUGCUCGUUCCCAGCCUCGCAGUUCGGGUUUGGAUCCGCAGCUGCUGUGGUGGAACGCCUGAGGGGCUCUUUAGCUGAUGCGCUGGUUUUGUUCUACCCUCUGGCUGGGAGGGUGGUGACGAGCGAUGGCCCUCCGAGGAUCCGAUGCAACGAUGCGGGUGCUGUUUUCACGGAAGCGAGCGUGGAUGUGGAGCUUGUCGACCUCAAGAUGGACGAUUUCCAGCCUCAACCCUUGCUUUCGGGAAUGGCAGCUGCGGGGUUUAAGUAUUACCCUGCUCUUCCGACGGUUGAGGGUGGUCUUCCAGCUCUUGUUGUACAGGUGACACAUUUCAAGUGUGGGGGUAUUACUUUGGCAGUUAAUUGGGCACAUGGAGUUGCUGAUGGCCGAUCUGGUCUCCACUUCAUGAAGUCUUGGUCCGAAAUUGGACGGGGCAUGGAGGUGUCUCUACUCCCUUAUCAUCGGCGUGAUUUAAUUCAGCCAAGAAAUCCUCCCGUUUCGACCAACCCCUUUAAGCCCGUGACGGUAUCACCUGGUGCGGAAAUUGCUUUGUCCAAUACGACGACAGAGAACGGCAACUCGGACUCAAAAGAGUCUGUUGCAAAUUCGGGAAUUGGGUCAGAAGCUAGAGGAUCCGGAAGGACCUCAACGGCGGAAGAAACGAAGAAGAAAUCCCAUAUCACACCGAAGGCAAUCGAGUUAACGAAGAAUGACAUAGCAAGCUUGAAGACGCAUGCUUUGGAGCAGAAUCCAAGUAUGCAUCUGUCAAGAGCAGACUGCGUCUCGACCCAUUUGUGGCGCACCAUAAUCAAAGCUCGUAAUCUUCCUGGCAACGCAGUGACUCGGCUAUGGGUUCACGUCGAGGGCAGGAAGAUGCUGAACUUGCCACCCGGCUACUUCGGCAACGUGAUUGGUAUGAUGACAGUGAUAACCACUGCCAAGGAGCUUCGGGACAACCCAUUUGCAUCCACCGCGAAGAUAAUCCAUUCGUCGGUUGGUGCCAUCACAGGCGAAUGGUUUCAGGAUCUUGUCGACUUCGUCCAAUUGAUGACACCUGGUGCGUCACUCACGGGCAAGUACGCCCCGAAACCCGCCGGCGAAGUGGCGGUUUCAUACCUCAUCCAUUUUCCUUUCUACGAGCUAGACUUUGGAUUUGGUACUCCUGCACAUGCAAUGCGCAACACCAUGGGUGCGUGGGACGGACUGAAUUUCAUUCUGCCGAGCUCCUGUGGUCCAGAGAAUAUGCUGCUCUUGGCAAACUUGGACCAAGACGUCUUGAACAGAUUCGUCGCCAUGGUUCACGACAUCCCCGAGUAAAACGCAAGCGGAGGGAAGAGUUUUUAGAAGCGUGUCCGGCUCCAGCGUCAUGGUAAGCAAUCGACUGAGGCGAUUAUGAGUACGAUUUAAUCUUUGCUUGUUUGGUUUUCAGAAAUUGCCGCUCAGCAGGUUAGAAGCUUUAGGAGGCACCCUUUCUAUUUCCUUCUGUCACAAAAGUAAAAAUAGUUCUUCUAAACUUUGCUUGAUUGCGUACUUCGUUAACAUUCCUUCAGAAUUCGAAGACACUUCUUUUACACUCUAUGUAAUAUUUAUACUACUCUCUUUUGGAAACAUCUAUUGUAAGCUCGAUUGUACUAAUAAUAAAAGUGAGACAAUAAAUGAAAGUACAAUAUUAGCCAAUGAAAA